GUACCGAGGUCGAGUUUCACCACCACCCACUCACAGCCGAGUUUCAGGCCACAUUGCAACGGCUGGGUGUGUCUCUGGCUUUCUGGCAACCAGCAUCUGCAACCCGCGAGAGUGCGCAGGGUUCGCUGGCCACAACUACCAGCAGCGACAGUGAGGGGCGUGCCUGCCCUGCUCGUGUCGCAAUACCGUCCAUGCGAGGUGGCAAGCGUGCCGCAGCAGCAGGGCCAGCAAAGGCGCAGCCCAAAAAGAAGCCCCGCCAAGCGCAGCAGCCUGACAGGGAGGCGGACGCUGAAUGCCCGGCGAAGACCGGCGGCAGGCCGCGGAAAACGGACGAGAACCCGUACUCAGUUACCUCCUCUAACCAAAGCGAGACCCCUUAUGAAGGGGUCGAAUCGUUCUUGAAAGCGCAGAAAGAGUGGGCAUGCAAGACCGUGCCUGGCAAAACCUUGAACGCGAGACACCAGUGGUAUGAUUAUUCUGCCGGGUACAAGGUCCUGCUCUGGUGCAACUCUUGCAAGGUAUGCAAAAAGAAGCAGGGUUGGAAAGGCUACGUUACUUACAACGUGCAGACCCAGCAAGUGGACCGUCAGGUCACUCCAAUUGCCAUGCAUGGUGAUUUUGCGGCAAUGAAAGCCUGGACGCCUCUCACCAGCACAACAGAGGCAGCGUUGAGGGAGCGCCUCAAGGCCGAACUUAUUCCUGACACUUUCUUGCAGACCUGGGUUCAGAAUCACCGGCCACAGCACGAGGGCCAACGCAGCCGCAGCAAGAGUAAGUUUGGUUGGAACCACUCUGACUGGCAGCAGCUGCGUCGUGAUCUCGGGGAUGCAGAUGAUGUGUCGGCCGAUGCUGAUGGGGCGCUUCCAGAUGUCCUCAAAGUUGCAGCCGCAGAUUACAGACCGGAGGCCACUGUCAUGGUCUUUGUCAAUCCCGCAUUGUUCUCUGAAGUGAUAAGCCGUCUUGCCAACAAGGAUUACAUCAAGCUUUUUGGGGAUGGCACCUACCGCCUCAUGGAUGACGGCUGGUCCUUGCUUACUCUCGGUGUCUUGACGAAGCAUUAUAGUCGAGACGGAACCUCGUAUGCGUUCCGCACCACUUUCACACCCUUGAUUUUCGCAGUGGCAAACACAGAGCGACAAGAGACCUACGAGUGCUUGUUCCAAGCAGCCCUGCGCUGUGCCAAAGAGUGGUGGGACAUUGAUUUGUCAACGGCUGCCCGGCAGUACCACGCCGACUUGCACCCCGGCGAGGAUCUUGCCCGCGAGUCCAUCUUCCCCAAUGCAUUGCGCGUCGCAGAUGUUGCUCGUGUCAUAGGCUCCUGCAAGCGCGGCGCGCGACGGAAGGCUGCGCACCAGCCCAAGGAUGAGAAGAUGGCUGCCUGGCGGGGCGGGCUCUUCUCCGUUGCCAAAAAGCACUUGUGCAACAAGAAGCUGCUGCCGUUGAUCCAGAACGUUGUGCACUUGCUGCGGUCGCUGCCGACGGCGCUGCUUUUCCAUAGCGUGGCAGCGUUGCUUUUCAGCGCACUGCUAGCGCAGGAGCAAAAAAAGGUCGUGGACCGACUCCAGCGGUUCUACUUCAACACAGUGCCAGCCCAGGAUGCUCGGCGAUUGUAUGGACUUUAA